AUCACAGAGAGAGAGAGAGACAAAGAGAGAGAUGAGUUCAAUGGGGUGGUCGUUUCAGGCAUAUUUGAUGAACCUCAUCCUCAUCCUCAUCCUCAUACCAGUUAUCAUCAUCCCUCUUGUGCUUGGUUGCUACAAUUCAAUCAUCGCCUUUGGAGAUUCACUUACUGAUACAGGCAACUUAUACAACAGCUACCCUAACAAAUCUCUCAACUUCUUCCACCCGCCAUAUGGACAGACCUACUUUCAUCAUCCCACGGGACGAUGCUCGGAUGGUCGUCUAGUCAUAGACUUCAUUGCUGAGUUUCUGGGACUUCCACUAGUACCACCUUAUCUUGAAAGCCAGGACAGUAAUCAAAGUGUCCAGAACUUUGAAGCGGGUGUGAAUUUUGCAGUAGUAGGAGCCACGGCGUUAGAUGCUGCCUUUCUUGAAGAAAUGGGGGAUUCUACUGCAUUUACCAACAACUCUCUAAGCAUUCAACUGGAGUGGUUCAAACAAAUGCUGCCAUCUCUAUGCAACACAUCUUCAGACUGCAACAAACUCCUUUCAACUUCUCUAAUUCUAAUGGGAGAGAUUGGAGGCAACGAUUACAACAAUGCAUUGCUUGCAGGAAAAAGUAUAGAAAAGGUUCAAGCGUAUGUACCAUUAGUGAUAGAAACAAUUGCUUCAACCAUCAAUGAGUUAAUCGAGCUCGGGGCGGCAACACUUUUGGUACCAGGCAACUUUCCAAUUGGUUGCCUUCCUGCUUAUCUAACAAAAUAUGAGAGUUCAGAUAAGAACCAAUAUGACCCUUCAACUGGCUGUCUAAACUGGUUAAACAAGUUUUCUGGGUAUCACAAUGAUCAGCUUCAGAUAGAACUAAGUCGGAUUCGAAGGCUUCAUCCUCAGGUCACUAUCAUUUAUGCAGAUUAUUACAAUGCCAUGCUGCAAUUAUAUCAGUCUCCAGACCAAUUUGGAUUUAUUGGGGAGACUAGCAAAGCAUGCUGUGGAGGAGGAGGGCCAUACAACUACAACGCAUCCGCACUAUGUGGGGAUGCAGGGGCAAGUGUUUGUGAGAACCCUGCACAGUUUAUCAGCUGGGAUGGCCUGCACUCCACUGAAGCAGCAUACAGGUGGAUAACCAAGGCUAUAUUACAAGGAAAUUAUACCGUUCCACGCGUUUCCACUUUGUGUGAUUCACCAGUGUGACUGAGACAGACACCAACAGCUAACUACUCAAAAAGUUCUAUUUAGAGCAUCCACAAUUAUGCUCCUUAUUUUCUUAGUUAAACUUUAGUUAAAAACACUAAAGCCCCGUUUGGUUCAUGGGAAAGGAGGCUUGGGAAUGGGAAAUCAAUUGAUUUCCCAUGUUUGAUAAGUCUAGGUAUGGGAAAUCGUUGCCUGACUCAUGGGAAAGUAUGGGGAAAGUGAAGCCAUCCUCCCAACUUGGGUUUUGUUUUCCCUCAUCAUGGGAAAGUUUGGA